GCCCAGCCUCCCUCUGUCCCAUUCGCUCCCCCUCUCUCUCUUUUCUUCUGAAAGGUGAUUAUACUGGAUUUGCUGCAACAGCAACAACUUAGGACUGUAAUAACAUCUCUCCCUAUCUUUUCAUUUUUGUUUGUGAGAACAUUUUCAUGAAAAGCCAAAAGGGUAUACUUGCAAAGGACAAAGACUGAGAAGAUUUUCAGCUAAAGCGGAGACAUGAGUCUAGAUGAAGACGCGCGCUGGCUGGAAUGGGUCACCAAGCAGUUCGAGACCAUUGCAGGAGAUGACAAAGAAAUCGACCUGGAUGAGUUUAAAACGGCUCUGAAAGUAAAAGAGUCAUUUUUUGCGGAGAGGUUUUUCGCCCUAUUUGACUCUGAUGGCAGUGGGUCCAUCAGUCUGGAUGAACUUCUCAAGGCUUUAGAUCUUCUGAUCCAUGGCAAUGAGACAGACAAACUACGCUUCCUCUUCCAGGUCUACGAUGUGGAUGGCAGUGGCUCCAUAGACCCAGAUGAGUUACGUACAGUUCUGAAGUCCUGUCUGCGUGAGAGUGCGAUCUCACUCCCUGAGGAAAAGCUGGAUGACUUGACACUGGCGCUGUUCGAAUCUGCAGAUAAAGAUAACAGCGGCUCCAUCACGUUUGAGGAGCUGAAGGCAGAGCUGGAGAACUUUCCUGAGGUUAUGGAGAACCUCACCAUCAGUGCCGCCAACUGGCUGAAACCUCCUGAUCUGGAACAGAAGAAACGUAAGACUCCUCGUUACCUGACACGGGCGUACUGGCACAACAACAGCCGCAAACUGUUCUUUCUCUGCCUGUACGCCCUCCUGAAUGUGCUCCUCUUCAUCAUCGCGAUGCUGAAGAAUGCGCAUGGAGGCCCCUGGUUCAUGGUGGCUAAGGGCUGCGGCCAGUGUCUCAACCUUAACUGCACUUUUGUUAUGGUGCUGAUGUUAAGGCGUAGUCUGACGUGGCUACGUGCCACCUGGGUGGUGAGGAUCUUACCUUUGGACCAGAAUAUUCUACUGCAUCAGAUCGUGGGUUACGCCAUCUUGAUCUUUUCCAUCGUGCACACUGGCGCUCACGUCUUGAACUUUGCCCGAAUGUCUCAGAAUGAUGCCAUGUACCAGCUGUGGGAGUAUCUUUUCACCACCCGUCCUGGUAUUGGCUGGGUCAAUGGCACUGCCUCCAUUACAGGUGUUGUUCUGCAGGUUCUUAUCUGCUUGAUGGUGGUGUGUUCCAGCACAUUCGUCAGACGCAGCGGUCAUUUUGAGGUGUUCUACUGGUCUCAUCUUUCCUACAUCUGGGUUUGGGCCCUGUUGGUCGUUCACUGUGCAAACUUCUGGAAAUGGUUUGUGGUGCCAGGAGUGGCGUUCCUAAUUGAGAAACUUGUUGGAAUAGCAGUGUCCCGUAUGGGUGGGCUGUACAUAGUUGAAGUCAACUUAUUGCCCUCAAAGGUAACACAUUUGGUAAUCAAGAGGCCUCCAUUCUUUCACUUCAAACCUGGAGAUUAUGUGUAUAUAAACAUCCCUGCUAUCGCCAAGUACGAAUGGCAUCCGUUUACUAUCAGCAGCGCUCCUGAGCAGCAAGAUACGCUGUGGCUCCAUGUUCGUUCUAUGGGCCAGUGGACAAACCGCCUGUAUGAGUAUUUUAGACAGCCGGAGAGUCAAACCAUUAGCAACAAGAGGCUCACCGCCAGCCUGAGGAACAGACAGGAACAAGUGCAGGAUGAAAUUUUCAAGUCCGCAAGCUACAACAGAACUGUGGCGUCUAAUAAAGAUGAUGCUGUUGAACUGACCCUGUACCGGACGAGCGUAACCCGCACAAACUCCCAGAAGCCAGUCGGUAACCCAGAAGCCCAGGUAGAACUGGGAAACGCCUCUCCGGUCACCAGAGAACUGACAGCAAAAUUAAGUGAAAAUCACAGAUACUGUAACAUUAAGUGCUAUGUAGAUGGACCUUUUGGCACCCCGACCCGACAGAUCUUUGCAUCUGAGCAUGCUGUGCUUAUCGGCGCUGGAAUCGGCAUCACUCCCUUCGCAUCCAUUUUGCAGAGCAUCAUGUGCCGUUAUCGCAUGAGAAAGCAGAACUGCCCUAAUUGCAACUACUCCUGGUGUGAAACCAUCAAAGACAACGAAAUGAAGCUGAGGAAGGUGGACUUCAUUUGGAUCAACCGAGAUCAGAAAUCCUUUGAAUGGUUUGUGAGUCUCUUGACUAAGCUGGAGAUGGACCAGGCAGAUGAAGAGCCGGAGGGCCGUUUUUUGGAGAUGCACAUGUACAUGACAUCAGCCCUCAGUAAGAAUGAUAUGAAGGCCAUAGGUCUGCAGAUGGCUCUGGAUCUGCUGGCCAAGAAAGAAAAGGUAGAUUCCAUCACGGGGCUCCGCACACGUACCCAGCCAGGCAGGCCAGAUUGGGCCAAGGUUUUCCAGAAGAUGUCUGAGGAAAAGAAAGGAAAGGUUCAUGUGUUUUACUGCGGUGCUCCUGCUCUGGCCAAAGCCAUCAAGGCCCAGUGUGAGCAGUUUGGCUUCAACUUCUACAAAGAAAAUUUUUGACCAAUUUACAAUAUUUCAGUUGUUUGAAAUCUUACUUUGGCUAUUUUUCAUAGCAAAUAAUAAUCAUCUGACAAUCUGCUUUUGCUAAUGUGUCUGAUGUUGUACAUUUUGUAAAGCUCAUGUUGUCGUUUGUUUUCAUGUAUUUGUGGUGUCUGUGUAAGUAACCUUUUAACACUUUUAAUUAACCUAUAUAUGUUUUUAUCAAUUUUAGAAAUGCCCAUCAUGGUUAUUAUGCAUCAUGGAAAUUUUGUUUUGUUUUAGCCCUAUAGUACUUACAGUUAUUGUACUAUGUACGUGUCAGUGUUUUAACUAUGUUCAAAGCAUGUAUCAGCUUUUGAUAUCUACUGUAAGUAUAUGGACAUUAAAAAUAGGCUAUUGCUUCUCAGUGUUAAAUCCUUUGAAAUCUUUAGAUAUUGUAACAGACAGAAACGUGUUUCCCAUUCUUUUACAGACUGUGGGAUUUCUCAAAUUUCCUAAAUAAAAGUCAAACCCAGACA